UGUGUUAAGAUAUUAUUGUCUGCCUUAAUAUGGUUUGGUUUUUAUCAUGAAUAGUGAUGGUGCAGCUGCAUUAGUCCUAGUGAGUGGAGAGAAGGCACUUCAACUUGGAUUGCAAGUAAUUGCAAAGAUUAAGGGCUAUGUUGAUGCAGCUCAGGAAAGCCUUAACGUACAUGGUGGGGCUGUAUCAUUGGGACACCCAUUAGGAUGCAGUGGAGCUCGUAUCUUGGUCACAUUGUUAGGGGUAUUGAGACAUAAAAAGGGAAAGUACGGGGUUGGUGCCAUAUGCAACGGUGGCGGGGGAGCUUCUUCACUUGUUCUUGAGCUCAUAUGUGACAAGCGAAGUAGAAAAUGAUACUUAAGACUCCUUGAAAGUAGUAACUUUAUUUAUUUCUUUGUGUUGAAAGUAGUAACUUUUAACUAUGUUGAAUAUUUAAGACUCUUUGAAUACGUAAAGAACAUUUUGUUGUUGAUGACAAUGUUGAAUAUUUUAAACUAAUUUGUGGAUUGUUAAUACAA